GAGCUCUGCUCUGCAGCUUGCUGCAUCUCCCCCCAAAACCUUCACAAAAUCCCCAGAAAAAAAUCCAUUUCAGAACCAAAAAAAUUCGAAAGGAAGAAAAAAAUCAAGUGAAGGUCAAAAAUGGCAGUUGUUGGCCUAUCCACUGCUUUCUCUCCUCUCAGAGGUUCUUGGAUAGCCGUGAGGAUCAGGCCGGGCUGCAAGCCCACUGGAGUCAGCCUGUCCCCAAGUAGGAGGAGAAGCUCCUGCGCCGCCGCCGUCUCCGUCCGCGCCGAGGUGAGCUUCGUGGACGCCGACGAGGCGAAGAGGCUCGUCGCCGAGGAGGGCUACACGGUGCUGGACAUCAGGGACAGGACGCAGCGCGAGAGGGCCUACAUCAACUCCUCCACCCACGUGCCCCUCUUCAUCGAGAACCAAGACAACGACAUUGGGACGAUCGUGAAGCGCCAGUUGCACAACAACUUCGCCGGGCUAUUCUUCGGACUGCCCUUCACCAAGCUCAACCCGGACUUCGCCAAGACGGUGAAGGACAAGUUCAAGCCGGAGAGCAAGCUGCUGGUUGUAUGCCAGGAAGGGCUCAGGUCAGCAGCAGCUGCAGAUGCACUGGAGAGAGAAGGCUUCCAAAAUAUUGCAUGUAUCACAUCAGGUCUUCAGACAGUGAAGCCAGGAACGUUUGAAUCUGUCGGGAAAACUGAGCUGCAGAAUGCAGGAAAAGCCGGCCUCGUAACUGUACAAGGAAAGAUUUCAGUAGUUCUCGGGACUGUACUUAUCAGUGCCUACCUGUUUAUAACAUUUUUCCCGGACCAAGCUGAGAAGCUCUUUGACUUGGCUGGCAUCAGUUUGUAAUCACAACUGAUGCCCCAUUCAUAUUGGUGCUCCAAUUGGAGGGUCAAUGUUUCCAUAAUCAGGAUAACUGUAUGAUCAAGUCGACUUAGAGGAUUUCGGGCUGAAAAGAUUGGCUCUGUGUACUAUAUAGGGAGUUUUGGGCAAAUCAGAGCAUAUUGUUCUUCGAAACAUCUUUUUUUUUCCUCCAUGUACCUCCUUUUCAAUUGUAUGCUUUGAUUCAUCUGUUUGUAUGUGUUGCUUCAUGGAAGUAAUUACGUCUCUGCUGAUAUGAUUCAGGAUUUUAAUAGAAGUGUUUUAUCCAACUUGUCAUGCUCAGAUCCACCGCAGAACAUUGAUUCUGAAAGAUUAUGUAGUACUUGAUACCAAUUGCAGUUGCAGAUGAAGUGAUUGUGAGCCUGAAUGCAAA